AUGGUUUCCCUCAACAUUGUCAAGGUCAAGUCUCUGGCCACCACCAACCUGCUGAUUCUCAUCUUCAGACUCGUCCAGUUCUUCUUUGCUGGCGUGGUCUGUGGAAUCGUCGCCUGGUACAUCCACCAGCAAACCACCCCCACCGGAUCAGCCUCGUCUCCGUAUGUCUUUUCCAUCAUUGUCGCCAUCGCCACUAUCCUCACCCAGUUCAUCUACUGCAUCGACUUCUCCCACAGACUGGUUUUCCUUUGGGACCUGGUGCUGGGAUACACCUGGAUCAUGGCUUUCGUGUGGUUGCUGGACUCCUCCAGACCUCUUCCCUGCGGCUGGUCGGCCUUUGACCCCUUUGGAAACGCCGGCUGUGGCAAGAUCCGAGGAGUUCUCAUCUUCCAGAUUGUUCUAGCUUGCAUGUGGAUCAUCACUGCCAUUGUUGGUUUCGUCGCUUUGAUUCAACAUAAGCGACGAUCUAAGAUCAUCGGCUAA